AUGAACGGCAACCUGUUCUACACGCAAACACAGCCGGAGUACACACGCUACGGCUUACAGCAGUCCCCCGCGGGCUCGGGUUUUUUGGUUUCAGCGGGUCAAAUUGCCGCGGCGGGCCCCGGACCCACAAGCCUUUUCUCUGCUUUUUGUUUGCCGUCCGGCGCGCAGCAGCAAAAGAAGCAGACUCCUGAAGGCAGUACGGCGUCCUCGAGUGGCCCGUUGCUUUCAGCUCCAGCCGAAACAACGGAUGGUGGAAGCAACACCACAACACCCUUUUUCGGGGCAAUGCAUGACACUUCAAAUUCAAUCUGGGCAACGCAGGGCCCAACUUCCUCAAAGGCGACAUCCCUUCCAAGCCUGAGCGCCGGCAGCCCGGUGAACUACCCUUCCUUGGGCAUUAAUUGUAUGCUUCCACCAUACAAUCCGCCUGUGGCUGCCCCAGAGCCCUCUAACCAAACAUUCGUGUACCCUGUUCCUAUGAAGUCAGAGGAGAAUGGCCAGACCUUUAUGCUGUUACCGUCUCGCAACAAGGAUGAGUCCGACUCCGUGGGUCCUGCUUACUAUCUUUUGGUGAACUCUCCUCAGACAUCUGGGACGCUCCGAUACACAAGCGGCACGAUGCAACCCUCUCAGUCCCAUCCCAUUAUUUUUGGGACCGAUGCAUCGGCGGUGCCGAAGAACUCACUCAACGCGCCACACCAGCCUUCACCAUACCAGCUGCCCACAGAGCAACAACCUCCACCCAUUGCUGGCAACUUUGGAAUUCCGUGGGCGCCGCACUUUACCUCCAACGUGGCUGCAGCGACAACAGGGGUGUAUCCCAGGAUAUCUGAAGAUCCAAAACUGCCACAGGGGGAUACCGCAGCCUUUGCUGCGCAUGGUCAGCAGCGAGCCUACUACACGAACGCGGUCCGCCCUCCGUCACUGAGUUCCACGCCAUCCCCAAGCCAAAGUGGGCAUCGACGUCCCCCGAAUGGCUGCGCGCGUGGCGACAAUGGCACGAUGCAGAGCCGCGGCAGCAGAAACAGUGGCAACCACGUUAAUGGUGUCACCUCUGGCGGCAGUGGGGGUCAAGAGAUGGAGCGUCAGGGCGGAUUGCCGUAUGACGAGGAUCCUACACCUAUUGAUACCACCAAAACGCAACUUAUCGUGAAUUUUUUGCCUCAGUUUUUGACUGAUGAGGGAUUCCGUGACCUGUUUACCCCCUAUGGCGAGAUCCACACGAAGCCAACGAAAAUUAUCUACGAUCGGGGGGCCCGACGGGGCAAAGGAUACGGCUUCGUGUACUACAAAGAUGGACGCAGCACGGAGGCCGCCAUCAAGUCCGUGAACGGGUUGGCGUUGGGUGGUCGUAGGCUGAAGGUUCGCUACGCCGAUCAGCAGCGAAGAAAGGUUGAUUGCGACAGCUGCACCGGCGAUGACGAACCAAGAGAAGAGGAAAAAGAGGAGCCCCAUGAGGAUGCUGGGGCGCAACAAAAGAAGCCCAACAGCCACAGUGGUGUUCCAUAA